AUUAAAUUCCUACAUUCAGUUAUCGAAGUACCGAUAUCUAAACGUGUGGUACUACAAAGGCGCCUUAUCUUCCUUGUUCGCUCCAACUCCUUUUUCUAAUCGGCCAUUUUCACUCUCUGCCAUCACAAAAACCAGAGGAAAAAGAAGAAGAAAAGCCCACCAAUGGCGUCUACAACUACACUAUCUCCCACGAUUAUCCCAUCUCAGCUGAGCUCGAGCAAGAAUGGGGUGAGCUCCGCCUCAAAUUUCGCGCUUCCGAAGUUCGGAAAGUGUAAAGGCAAGAGGAUGAACGUGUCCUGUAUGGCUACGAGUGUGCCGGCCGAUGAUCGCGUGCCGGACAUGGGAAAGAGGCAGCUCAUGAAUUUGCUUCUCCUAGGCGCGAUCUCUCUUCCGUCCGGUGGAAUGUUGUUGCCUUACACUUACUUCUUUGUUCCUCCUGGUGGUCGUGGGUCUGGUGGUGGUACUGUUGCAAAAGAUGCUUUAGGUAAUGAUGUUAUUGCCGAUGAAUGGCUCAAGAACCACGGACCAGGUGAUCGGACCCUUACACAGGGGUUAAAGGGUGAUCCUACAUACCUUGUUGUGGAGAAUGACCGAACUCUCGCAAUUUACGGUAUCAAUGCUGUUUGUACUCACCUCGGUUGUGUUGUCCCAUGGAAUGCUGCUGAGAACAAGUUUAUUUGCCCUUGCCAUGGCUCUCAGUACAACAAUCAAGGGAGAGUUGUUAGAGGGCCUGCUCCUUUGUCCUUGGCAUUGGCUCAUGCAGAUAUCGACGAUGGGAAGGUCCUAUUUGUUCCGUGGGUUGAAACAGAUUUCAGAACUGGUGACAACCCGUGGUGGUCAUAGAAGACUCAAAUUUUCACUGGAAAGUGUAUCACAACUCAGCAUAUUUGUAUUGACAUUGUAUUCC